CCGGAAGUUUGCACAGAUCCAACAUGGCGGCGGUGCGGGAUCGUUAUCGGUGAAGAGUUGUAAAGUAAACAGUUUAAUUCAGCGGGAGCGCGGCGACCGGAGCUCUGCGGGAAACGUUUAACGGUCAGGAGUCAACAUGGGAGCUGAAUAACCGGGAGGACCGCGUGUGACGGAGAGAAGAUCUGCAGCGGCGGCGGGAAAAAGAAAGCAGCGUCCGCCCUGACUCAUCCUCCUCCGAGCAGCGGCCAUGUCUCUGGGCGAGCCCACGUCGGACUCCACGCCGUUCUUCUCCGAUGACAGCGAGGCGGAGGAGCAGGGUGGGGGGGCGGCGGGGCAGCGACCGCAGGAGGAACCGGCCAGCGGGGUGUCCCACGUCCGAGCGCUGCUGACCGUCUUCAUCCUCUUCUUCAUCAACCUGCUCAACUACAUGGACAGGUUCACCGUGGCAGGUGUUCUCACUGACAUUGAGAACUAUUUUGGGAUUGAUGAUGGGAAGUCCGGCUUACUCCAAACAGUUUUUAUCUGCAGUUAUAUGUUUCUGGCUCCGGUCUUCGGUUACCUGGGCGACAGGUACAACAGGAAGCUCAUCAUGAGCGUCGGCAUCACGUUCUGGUCUGCGGUGACGCUCGCCAGCUCCUACACGCCCAAAGAGCAUUUCUGGGCUCUGCUGCUGACUCGCGGUCUGGUCGGAGUCGGAGAGGCCAGUUACUCCACCAUCGCUCCCACCAUCAUCGCCGACCUCUACGUGAAGGGAAAGAGGACGAACAUGCUCUCCGUGUUUUAUUUUGCCAUCCCUGUGGGCAGCGGUCUCGGGUACAUCGUGGGCUCACAAGUCGGUAGAGUGACUCAGGACUGGCACUGGGCUCUGCGGGUGACCCCGGGGCUGGGAGUGAUCGCGGUGCUGCUGCUGAUCUUCGUGGUUAAAGAGCCCAAAAGAGGAGCCAUCGAGGCUCGACCGGAGCACCACCUGCACCAGACCAGCUGGCUGGCGGACCUGCGGGCUCUGAGCACGAACCACAGCUUCGUGUUGUCCACGUUGGGCUUCACGGCGGUGGCGUUCGUCACUGGCUCUCUGGCUCUCUGGGCUCCAACGUUCCUGUUCAGAGCGGCCGUGUUCACCGGGGAGAAAGAGCCCUGCGUGGAGGGAAACUGCGCCUCCUCAGAAAGUCUGCUGUUCGGGAUCAUCACCUGCGUCACGGGCAUUCUGGGCGUGGCCAGCGGCGUGCAGGUCAGUCGGCAGCUGAGGAAGAAGACGGCCAGAGCCGACCCUCUGGUGUGUGCCGCCGGUCUGCUCCUCUCGGCGCCGUUCCUCUACCUGGCCAUCGUGUUCGCUCAGACCAGCACCAUCGCCACAUACGUCUUCAUUUUCCUCGGAGAGACGUUCCUGUCCAUGAACUGGGCCGUGGUGGCAGACAUCCUGCUGUACGUCGUCGUUCCCACACGGCGCUCCACAGCCGAGGCUCUGCAGAUCGUCAUCUCACAUCUGCUGGGAGACGCAGGAAGUCCGUACAUGAUCGGGGUGGUCUCGGACUCUCUGAGGAAGACGGACUCGUUCCUCUGGCAGUUUCGCUCCCUGCAGCUCUCUCUGCUGCUCUGCUCCUUCGUGGCCGUGGUGGGCGGAGGAUUCUUCCUCGCCACCGCCCUCUUCAUCGAGAAAGACCGCCACCGCGCCGAGAACUACGUCCCCACAGGUGAGGCGGACCCUGCCACUCACACCUGCAGCAGCACUGACCGACAGCAGCGACGCUAAACCGGUGACAGGAAACAAAAUGACGAGCCGAUCGUCGUCCCAAAGAGCGGCCGGUCCACCAGAGUGCCGGUGUCCAGCGUUCUGAUCUGAGGUGUGCCGGAGGUUGGGCCGGCUCCAGAACUCCAGGACUGUGAGCAGCGACCGCACUGUCUGCCAUGCAGAAGAGUUUUUAGCACGUGUUUAUUUUUCAUUUUUAUUUUUUUUUAUACUUUUACCGCUGCCCGCCAUCUCGGAGCAACUUUUUUGCAUUUUGUCUCCAGAUGUUAUUUUUUUGACGUGAGACGUUUCAGAGCGGACAUGAUGUUGAAAACGAGCACUAGAGACUCUCCGAGCGACAGAAUCCGCUCUGUGGGGUUUCCAUUUAAAACCGGAUCGCUUCCAGAAACCUCUUUUAUAUACGGGACGAGCUUUAUUAGUCAUUUUCAUAACCAUGUGUUUGUAUACGUCUGAGCUAGUUUUAAUGAUAACACUAACCUACAGAAGCAGAAAACAAUCCCCUCUGUUCCUUUUUAUUCAUCUCUUUAUCUUUUAGCAUUACGACUGCUUUUACUUCGUUGUUUCCAGGGUGUGAAGGAGCGCCGGUUAAAGCGCCGGGGCGUUUUAUUGUAACUGUUUCUGUUUGUUCUUGGCGUGAGGUUGGAGGUAGAGCACAGAAAAUAUCCUCUUAAUGGUUAUUUAAAAAGAGAAAAAGGCUUUUAAAUGAAUGUUAAUAAUCAACACUUGUUUGUUAACCUCAAAUUAUUUUAGCAAAUCUUUUUUGUGAACUAUUAAAGGAGAAUUAACUUGU